UCUUAAAGAUUUUACUGUAGAAAACGUCGUGACGUGAUAUUUGUAAGUAGCUGUUCUGACUAUAAAUAGGCGUCUCGCCCCACGUGAUUCCCUUUCCGCUUGAAAACGCCAAGAUGGACGCCAGUCGCGUGCAGCCGAUAAAGCUCGCUAGAGUGACGAAGGUUCUUGGAAGAACCGGGUCUCAGGGCCAGUGCACCCAGGUGCGCGUUGAAUUUAUGGACGACAGCAACCGAUCCAUCAUCCGUAACGUGAAGGGUCCGGUCCGAGAGGGAGAUGUGCUGACCCUGCUGGAGUCGGAGAGAGAGGCCCGGAGGCUGCGUUAGACAAUUCAAUGAAAGAAGUGAAAGAAGACUGUGUCUGUAUUGUCUUUUUUGACAAUAAAAUAUCAAACUGUU